ACCAUCCGACCGACCGCGUGCUGGUGUGUCGCUACAGUCAUGUAACGGGGUCGUUUCGCGACGUAUUUUAUGGGUGUUUUGUAAAUAUUUAUUUAAAUAAUUUGUCAGAAGGAACCACAGCUCAAGUGAAGAGUGCUGGGGAGUUGGAGAGUGAGUGGAUACCAGUCUCAUUGCCAGCUGGCUAAAUAUUUUCUGGGACUGACUUGCUGGGGAACUGGACCAAUGAUGGAAUUACAAACGUUGCAGGAGGCCCUAAAAGUGGAAAUACAAGUCCAUCAGAAACUUGUUGCACAAAUGAAGCAGGACCCACAGAAUGCUGAUCUGAAGAAGCAGCUUCAUGAACUUCAGGCCAAGAUCACUGCUCUGAGUGAAAAACAGAAAAAGGUGGUGGAACAGCUGAGAAAGGAGCUGUUGGUGAAGCAGGAGCCAGAGCUGAAGCUGCAGACGGUGCAGGCAGUGGCAGACGGCAAAGCCAUGAUACUCUCACCACCCUGUCUGCCUCAGCAGCAGCCCACGUUGCCUCCUCACAACAAAGCAGCUCCACAGAAGACUCUGCAAGUCACACCGGUCAUCACCACGAAGACUCUACCUCUGGUACUGAAAGCUGCCGCCUCCACCAUGCCUGCAUCCGUGACAGCGCCACGCCCCACUGUUGCCAUGGUCACUGCCAUCAGCAAUACCCCCAGGCCUGCCUUGACCUCUGAUUCUCGCAAUGCACCAGUGAACCUUCAGAUGUCCAGCAAAUUGAGCAGUAAGGACACAGAGGCUGCGUCACGAGUCGUGCCGAAGAACGUUAUCGUUGUGCAGGCCAGCACCACCUCGGCUCAGCCUAUCAAAGUUCCCCAGUUUGUCCCUCCUCCUAGACUGACGCCUCGACCCACCUUUCUGCCACAGGUUCGCCCGAAACCUGCCACUCACAACAACGUGCCCAUCGCCCCUGCACCUCCUCCUCCGAUGAUGGCUGCUCCACAAUUGCUCCAGAGACCGGUCAUGCUUACUACCAAGUUAACGUCAGCGCUACACACCUCGCCAAGCCACAUCCACCAAGUGCGCAUUGUUAACGGCCAGCCAUGCGCCAUCCCUAAAACCAUCCCUUCUACAGGAACCAGCACAAGUCAUGUGACGGGCAUCGUAAUCGGUGGCCCGAUGCAGACGCUGCAGAUCAGCAGCUUAAACGCAGACAUAAAGACUGUGAAUUCUCAGGGGGCUUCAGAGCAGGUGCUCACAAGCUCCCCUUCUUCAGCGUCUCCUCCGGUAUCUCCGCCUAAAGUUAAACGAGAGGAAAAUCCACAGAAACUUGCAUUCAUGGUGUCUCUUGGGUUGGUCACACACGAUCAUUUAGAAGAAGCUUCCCUGAUUGGUAUUACAGGUUGUUUUGGGCUUGUUCCAUCUGUUACAGAGAUUCAGAGCCGAAGGCAGGAACGGAAAAGGAGAACGACAGCCAAUCCUGUGUACAGCGGAGCAGUAUUUGAGCCAGAGAGGAAAAAGAGUGCCGUCACUUAUCUGAACACUCCUCUCCAUCAAGGAACAAGGAAGAGAGGUCGCCCACCCAAAUACAGCAGCAGUGCACCAGGGCCAGAGCUGGGCUGCCACCCCCUGCUCUCCCCAUCCAGCAGUCACCCCGCCUCCCCAGCCGCCGAGCGGCCUGAACUCAGGGGCUUCCCCCUCCCUGUCCACCCCCACUCUCUCCCUCAGCCCAGCCCCAGCUCCGGGGAUGGAGACAUCCAUGAGGAUUUCUGCACUGUGUGCAGACGUAGUGGCCAGUUGCUCAUGUGCGACACAUGCUCACGCGUCUACCACCUCGACUGCCUGGACCCGCCCCUCAAAAAUAUUCCUAAAGGCAUGUGGAUCUGUCCCAAAUGUAAAGACCAGAUACUGAAAAAAGAGGAGGCCAUUCCCUGGCCAGGGACCCUGGCGAUAGUACAUUCCUACAUUGCGUAUAAAGAAGCAAAAGAAGAAGAAAAGCAGAAAUUAAUGAAGUGGAGUACUGAGCUCAAACUAGAGCGAGAGCAACUGGAACAAAAAGUCAAGCAGCUCAGCAACUCUAUAACGAAAUGCAUGGAGACCAAGAACAGCAUCCUGGCUCAGCAGAAGGAAAUGCAGGCCUCACUGGAGAAAGUGAAACACUUGGUGCGCCUCAUACACAGCUUUAACCUUUCUCAGACUAUAGAGAUUGGUGCAAACCAGGAGGACAACCCUGAAGACAAGACUGAUGGCUGCCAAGAGCCCAAGGCUACAGUUCAUUCAUGCACCAAGCCAUCAGCUUCUGAGCAGAACCCUGCCCAAGUUGCUGCGCAGGUCCCUGCUGCUGGUAUGGUUCCCAAGGUGCAGGCUGAGCCUGAGGUGGGAGAGAUGGCCGACUCGGCCGCCGCUGUCACUCCUGAGGCAGAGCCGAAAGAAUCAGGAGUCACGCAGGCCAGUAACACGGCAGUCAGAGACGAAGCGAAGCCAACAGAAGUUACAGAGGUCAAAGAGAAUGGCGGAACGGACUCUCAGUGCUCUGAAGAGGUGGGAGAGAGUCCUGAGACCAUAACAAACUCUGAAAACACAACUCCCAAUGCCAGCAACAGCGAAGAUGAAGUCAAGAUGGACGUCGAGGAUCAGGACCAUGGCAAGAACAGCAACAGUGGAAAAAUCUCACAACAGCUUUUGCCAGUGGCUCUCAACAGCGUGGACAUCUCCAAAUGAGUCUUAUCCCAGUUGGCUCAACUAAGUAUACCUCUCCUUCUCCCAAACAUUUAAAAACAACUUUUAUUGCAUCCAGCACCGGUGCACCAAGUUGCCAAUCUAUAUAUAUUAUACAUAUAUAUGUGCAUUUUAACUACAUUUUUUUCCAAGGUGUAAGUGUGAGAGACUGUCAACAGUGCUUCUGCAUCCAAGGUGAAUUAAUCAUGGUUCUCAUCAACGAAUACGCCCAACAAAAUGUUGUAGAAAGGUGCUUAUGACACAGUGUCAUAUCAAUUAGCGGACUGUUUUAAAAUGUAAAAGAAAACAUGACCGAAUUGAAUUGCUAUUGAAGGAGGAGGAUAACUGAAUAUAUUUCAUCACACCAGUGUGUGCCUGCAACAGUUGCCCUUGAAACUCAUGGGGAUUGUUUUAAGUUGUCUUAGUUUCCUUUUCUCUGGGAAGAGGGUGGCAGGUCACACAUGUCCAAAGACUGCAUGCUCUGUCCACCCUCGUCGUGUCCCCCAGCAAGGACUGAGAGGACCCUUCCUAAACCAAAAGCUUCUUUUUCUGAGCUGGGGACAAAUCGCAUCAGUAUUCGCCAGCGCAAGGAAGCGCCAAGGCUUCUGAAGUCACUGGCAUUUGUUAGACUGAAUCAGGACUAUAAAAUGCCGAUCUCUCCAUCCUGUUUUCAUUUCAUACGAGCUGCAGAACGUGAACGAUAUGGCUGAAAGGAAGUCCCAUAUCAAGUGCGCCUCAGACUGAACAUCAGAAGAUGACGUCUAGUGUGUUGUGGCAAGACAGAAUACAACUGCGUCUCUUGAUAACAGCAUCUGACGAGUAUAAGGACAAAGAUGUUGUGGUGAAGUGAGUCUUUACUGCAUCCGUGUGUGAAACCGUGUUGAUGGGAGAAAGGUGUUCAUGUCUGAGGAGUAUUUUUGUCUUUUUGUUUAUAGCAAAAUGUAUUCAGGUCUUCCUAGUCUUCACACAAAAAUAAGUGCUUUUCUGUUUCCUAAAACAGUCAUUUGCUAUCCGAGGUGUUAAAUUGGCAUCGUUUAUGCAAGGAGCUCUUUGUUGCAAGCAAAAGGGCAUUGCAUAAUGAGUGUUUUAUUUUUUAUUAUUCUAAACUGCCAAAUGUUUGUUUUUUUCCCUCUAAAUCCCAAAUAGAUGUUAACAUAUUUUAUGUCUAGUAAAGAGUACAUACAUUUCCACUGCUUUCUUCCUUUCCCUGAAUCCUCCUGAAUAGUAACCAUACAUACAUAACAAUAAUGCUUCACAAUUUACUGUCUUAAUCUUGAGGGUUUGAUGUUGGAGCCAGAUUUAGUAAAAAGACAAAGAUGGAAAACCCUGGAUUUAAAGCACAAGCUUAUUCAAAACAACUAAAACAAAACACCCUGAAAGACUUAAAGCUUAAAACAGCUAUUUAAAAGCUUAUUUGUUAAUUAACACCUGAUGAUAUUUUUGUUGUUGUUCUAAGGAUGUGUAAUGAAGCCAUGCUGCUUGCUCACCUGCAGGUGGAGGCAUCUCCUAUCAGACUUCAUUUUGAGCCUUUCUUUCCACCUUCCCUAGACCGACACGUCUUGCCCUGUUACCUUUUCUACACCGACUCCGUCUUUCUCUUGCAUUCAUUUGUACGUUGCACUGGGGUUAGUCAUGUCUUCAUUCAUGGUACUACACAGCUGGCACCUCAAACAUGUUUACAUCAACUCUUUCCAAAUUUACAUAUCUUCAUGUGUGCUACGUUGACGGAUCAUUAGUCUAUUACUUAACGAAAAACUUUAUUCAUUAUACCAUGUAAAUUAUAUUGCACAAUUAUUGCUGUUUGCAUAGCAGAACAGGCCUCGUGAUUUCAGACUGUUUCACUAAGAUGUAACCAAACUAACAUAGUGUAAGACAGACAAGGUUUUUCUUUUCCGUCGGAAGCAUGCUGCAGUUCCUUUUGCAUGACUGUGAGACACAAAUCAGCUCCAUGCGUUCCAUUACACUUCUGUUCCUCAGCUAGGACUAGCAAACGUGAUGACGACUCGACAUAUCUUUUGCUGUUUUUUAUGGCCUUGUGAAACCCUUCACUGUCUAGUGCAUCGUGAGAGUGAAAGGGUUUUUGUUGUUUUUUUUCUUAACGCCUCCAUUCCUUUCUGUACAGGUGCCCUAGAGUGCCUUUAUUCCAUUCUCUUCCGAUAUAGUUUCCGUGUUAGUUACAGUAUAUUACCACAGCUCUGCCGUUCACGUUCCUUAAAAUAGAAGCACAGCCACAAGAUGUGAUUUCAUUUAUUUUUUUAUUAUUAUUCUAAUUGGUCAAGAGUAGGAUUGGGUGUAAUAAUAACGUGGUGUUAAUUGUGUGAUCGUCUGUUUCUCUCUCACUGCCUGUGGUUGACAGAUGUUUCACACUCUCCCUUUUAAAACAGAAGCUUAAAGUGAUAAUGUUCAGGUUAAGGAGUUGCCUUAAAAGGGUUUUUAAAGUUUAAGGGUUUUUUUAACACCCAUAACAAUAGUGUAUUAAUCAUAGUAAUUGCACAAGUUAAAAAAAAUCUAUUGUGGCAAAAUUAGUGCUUUUUUUUAGUGGUAAAAUCUGACUUGAGUAUGAUCUUUACUUAUUUUUAUUGGCUUAAGUCAUUUUGUGGGGAUGAUAACACGCAAGUAGGGACCUUUUUAUUUUAUGCACUUUCAGCAGUGAUACCAUUAGUAUUAAAGGUACACCAAGGAAUAUUUUUGGUCAGUUGGUUAGUAUGCUGUAUAAGAGUAGGACUUAAUCUCUCAAGUUUUCCCACUUCUCACAUCUUCAUAUUCCAUAUUUUCUACUGCUAUGUAGUGUAGAGCCUCUGUGUUGAGGUUCAGUGAGUGUUUUUAUUUUUGUUUGUUUUCAAAUACCUGGGACUGUUUAUCAUCUGAUUAUUAAGAACUUAAUACAGCAAAUUCUGUUUCUGUUCCAGAUGAAGAUUAUCAGGUAUUCAAAUUCAGCUUAGGCUUUUGGCAACUUAGGAACGAUCAAAGAACACCGGCAAGCUCACAGCAAACCCACAGAAAUGCCACCAUUCCGUUCGAUAGCAAACGGCACUUAAUUAUGCAAACAUUUUAUUUAUUUGUUGUUUUUUUUUGUUCUGUUUCUUAUAGAAAUCUUUUGGUGUCUCUUUUAAAUAUGCAUUUAGCUUUGAAUUUAAGUUGUAGGACUUUUAUGCAGAACUAUUUUGUUACUUUUCAUUUACCGUUGCUGACAGCGAGAUUUAAAACAAAGCAGAACAAAGUAAGCGAUACACGCGUGCUGAGCGUCUCAUAAAACGCUGUGUUUAUUGAUGAACAAAUAGACUUCUGCUUGUGGCAUUUCUGGGAUCUCUGGCACACGAUUAAGUCAAACACUGUAAGGGUUACAUGCAGGAGUAAUCAAAAUGCCUCCGACCUUGUCAUUUGUACUAACGUGGAGUAUUUCAUCUCAUCUCAUGAUCGGUGGACUAUAUACUUUUUUAAUGACUUUCAUGUACCAUGCUGAAUUAUAGGUUUCUGGGGGUUUUUGUUUUUGUGAGGGGGGAGAUGGUGAGUGAAGAAAAUGUCUUACUGGCCUGAGUAGUGUAACAGACCCAAGUUCACGUUCUGUAAUCAGAAUACCCAAAGAGACUGCAAAUGUGCAUUUUGUUACAAGGAAGCCUUUUAUGUCAUGAAUACAUAUCACGUCUUUUCUGUCUGACAGCUUACAGCAUUACAUUGUUCAUUUUUGUAGACAUUUGGAUCGCAUUAGUCAUUCUUCUGUGCACUGUAAUAUUCUAGGGUUUACAAUAUGAGAGAUUUAAUGCAUACAUAGGAACAUUUUAAUUACGGAUUCAUUCCAGCUGUACAUCUCAUUAACCUGCUAGAUUUUGGAUCCUCCAUAUUCACAUGUUUGUUUUUUAUUCUCAGUCAUGAAUGUGGCCUUCUAGUAUUGUUGAUGCAUUUCAUUAUACAGUAACUUCCCUGGUAUUGUUCACCUCCUGUGUGUGUGUGUGUGUGUGUGUGUGUGUGUGUGUGUGUGUGUGUGUGUGUGUGGAUGACUGAGCAUACAUGUGUGUCUUUUACCUCAUCUGCAGUCAACUCUUAAAUUGGAGUACUUUUGUUUACGCGUGCAAAAAAAAAAGAAAAGAAAAAAAAUCUUCCACUAAAGAAACACAAGAUGCAUUGUAGCGAUUUGAGUAAUUACGAAACGUUCACCCGGUGUGCUGAACUUUGUGUAAAUUGUUUAUUACACAAUAUAAAUAUUUGUAAAAUUGUUUGUAUUUUUCAUAAUGGUUUUAAAAAGGAGUGUGUUUAUUUUUAUGAAUUCUUUCUGUUACAGAACUCUUGCUUUGUCUUUUUCGCCUGACAUUGUGAGUGAAUUGGUUGGUUCUCUUACCUCUCUCAUGUAUUUGAGCCUGUGCUGAGUUGUUUGUAUGCAGUGUUUAGAAAUACUGUAGGGAACGUGAGACAAAAUUGAUAUUAGGAGCAAUUGAUCAAUUUGUAUUUAUUUAUUUUAUCAUUUUGUUAAUAAAUUUACCAAGAAACUUG